AUGAAGCUUCUUCUCGUGCUCCUUCAGGCCUUUUCCGUCGUCGUCGUCGUCCAAGUUGGUUUUUCCUGAUUCUUUGAUCCUGAACUGGGCAUGUAGGGCGGUCGAGGCCGCGCUUCUCGCCAAGGCGAGGCCAACAGCGGAUCCACCGAUGACUAUACCGAUUUCGAGACAAAAACAGAAGAGACAACAGAAACAAAGACUGGCGGUGGUUUGUCUUUUUUGAAGCCGGGGUCUUGGGCAAAGCUUCGAGAAACACUUUCUCUAGAAGUUUUUUGAGAAAGCAGAACGUCGUAAAUGUCCUUCAUUUUAUUGUUAUUAUUAAUUUUCGUUUAAUAUUCACUAUCACCUUGAAUCAAGAGGCGCUUAGUGAAGCCAAAAAACAGUAUUAACGACACCAAAUGACCAUGAUACAAAAAUGCGGUCGAAAAAUCAAAAUUAUCGAACUUCACUGUAAUUUUGAACACCGUCCGGUGGCCUGAAUGGAUUGAUAGCUCUCACAAUUUUUUCGAAACAUUUCAAAUUUCCAAUUUUCCUUCUUUAUCUUGGCUUCUCCGAGGAUACUGUAGAGCAACUCAACCUUUCAGCGAAUCAUGACUUGAAGCAGGUCAGUUAUACGACAAUCGCUCCAAAAGUGGAGAUGCCAAUAGACGAAGAGAACACCGGAGAAAAAGGUUUCCUUUUCCACAUUUCAUCUAUCUCUCUAUCUCUCAGAAACGUUCCCCGCGACCAAAGAAGAGAGGCCUUCUCCAGUUCCUGCCACCACAGCCAAGCCCAAAUUUGUGAGAAACUUGAGGGAAGCCCUUUAUAAGGAGAGAGUUCAGGUCUACCGCCGUGGCUACUACUUCCAGCACUAUCCAUGGGACCGACUUCCACGUAGGUAUCUCCUCCGUCCGGCCAUGACCUUUGUCUAUCCACCGAAGCAUCAAUUCGUCACAUACUCCUAUCCUUACCUACCUUAUUCAGGUAGACGACAAUCUUGAAGUCUUGAGCGGAAAAGAUUCCCGAAAGAUUUCGAAAAGCACAUUCAGAAAACGAUUUUAAUCUUCUUCAGACCCUUACAACAUCUACCGAUCUCAUCCGGGAAUUGGCGGAGGUUGUGGCGGCGGAGGCGGCUGUGGAUAUUCUGGCUACGGUGGAUAUGCACAGCAAGGAUGCGGUGGAGGCGAUGGUAGGGCAUCUUUGAAAUGAAAGAAGAAUGAUUCGAAAGUGAAAGCUGAGCCCCAAGAAAGUUCUAAGGAUCUGAAUUCAGAUUUUGAGCCUCAAGUUCAACUCAACUUUAUAUUUCCCCGUAAAGUGUGCAUAGUGAAGAAAUUGACCCCGAGUUUGUCAGGAUCGAAUUAUUUUAUCGUUUCAAAAAUGUAGUUUUUCUCUAUUCUUUCUUGGAUUUUUCAUAAUAAAAUUCGAAUCUAUCUAUUCGAGGUUGCGGUAACGGAGGCGACUAUGCCGCAUCGAACGAAGGAAGCGAAGAAGACGACGAGGAGAGCGGCCGCAGCGGAGAAGCUCACAUCAACAAGAAAGACCCACUGGAGGACCUCGACCUCGAAGAUCUCGAAAGAAUCGACAAGGAGGACAGUGAAGAGGAGGAGAAGGAAGUCAAGACCACAAAGAUCACCAAAAGUAAGAAAUAUCGUACUUUUUCAUUUUUCAUCAAACCUUUUAGUGACGAAGAAAACGAAAGAAGAAGAGAUUGAAGACUUGGAUUUGGAAGAGAAGUUACGACGCUUACGGACUCGACUCCUUCGACUUCACGCUUAA